AUGGCUUCCAGCAACAUUGAUGGGGUCAAUAAUGGGCAAGACUCCGCAGGGAGUUUUGUUCGCCCUGCAUUAGGAUCGCCGGAGAACUGCCGCAACGGCAUGGGUGAGCUGGGUGCCUUAAUGAGUAAUUCAACCCACAAAUUCGAAAUGCUGGCUUACAAUCCUCCUCGAAUUAUCUCCCGAGUAUUCAAGUACCUAGAAGCCCAUUUACGCGGCAGUGGCAAACUAACAACAGGAGCGAACAUGUGGCUGGUUCUUCUGAUCAUCUUUAUCACCGUCACCCAGCUGAGCGUGUAUCUCUGGCUUGCGAAUCGGGCCAUCAGCGUCGCGCCGGUUGAAGCUACACGGUUGGCUCAAAAGCCAUGGACGGACGAGCAGCUUCAAGCCGUGUACCGCAAGUACCAGACCUCUCCGACAGAUGUUACGCCAUACUUGUUUGGAAAGAAGGAUCGUCGAUAUGUCGUCGUCGGCGGGUCUGGACUCGUGGGAGGCUGGAUCGUGCAACACCUAUUGAUGCGAGGCGAGAGCGCCCAAGCGAUCAGGAUCGUCGACCUCAGCCCCCCGACGAGGAAAGAAGUCACGGAGAACAAGGACAUCGGGUUCAUCGUCACCGACAUCACAGAUGCAGACGCCGUCGCAAAAGCCUUUGAAGCACCAUGGCCGCAACCCGUGAAGUCGCUACCAUUGACGGUAUUUCACUGCGCGGCGUUCAUCAGCCCUCGCGACCGCCACCCGAUUUUCCUGCCCAAGUAUCAGAAAAUCAAUGUCCAGGGGACCGAGAACGUACUGAAGGCAGCCCAGAAAGCGGGCGCAACGUGCUUCAUCUCGACGUCCUCGGCGUCCGUCGGGCUCAAAACCCCCAACUACUUCGGCCUACCGGGGCAGAACCCCGUCGCGACCGGGACAUGGCAACUAAGUCCCAACGCGGAGCCCUCACCGCAAGCCCUCGCCGCCAAAACCUACACCGCCAGCGGCUACGGAUCAUGCUACGCCUGGACGAAACUGCAAGCAGAGCGAAUCGUGCGCGCGGCACACGACCCAAGCACGGGAUUCCUGACAGGGGCGAUCCGACCGGGCCACGCGAUCUACGGCCACGGGGUGCAGAACCCGUCGAGCGUGACGUGGGACUACCUGCGACGCGGGGGGUCGCCGACAUGGCUGAGCCACUGCGUGGCGAACUUCGUGAGCGCGCAGAACGUGUCGAUCGGACACCUGGCGUACGAGAACACGCUGCUCACACACCCGGAGCGCGGCGGCCAGGGCUUCUGCGUCACCGACCCCAACCCGCCCAUCCGCUACCAGGACCUGUACAAUGCGCUGACGCUGCUCGCGCACCCGUCCACCCCGGUCGCCUUCCCCUACGUCCCGCACAUGCCGCUGCUCCUGCUGUCGUAUCUCGUUGAGGCGUACAACGUGCUGCAGACGCGGUUCCUGUCCGGCGUGUUGCCCGCGCUGGGCAACGGGGAUUUUUCCUUCGUCCAGCCCGCCGUCUCAAGUCUGUGUGUCAUGCAUAUCGUGUAUACCGACACCAAGGCCCAGGAACAUAUCGGGUAUCGUGCGCCGAUCUCGACGCUCGAGGGCUUCAUGCUUGCGCUGCUGGAUUGGAAUCAGAGGGCUGAGGAGAAGGGACAGUUGAGGGCUCAGGGUGCCAAGUAG